UUGUGGAUCUCAACAGGGGUCACUAGUCUCUCUGUAUCUUUUUGCUGAAGGAUUCAGUCGGAGAAGCGACCCGAAGUUGACACACACAGCAGCCAUGGCAGACAAAGGCGAGAUGAGGAAGCCCAAGCAAAAAAGUGCUACUGUCUGUGGCUACCCAAUAAGCAUCUUUUUCAUUGUGGUCAAUGAGUUCUGCGAGCGCUUCUCCUACUAUGGCAUGCGAGCUGUCCUGGUGCUGUACUUCAAGUACUUCCUGAGGUGGGACGAUGACUUCGCCACCACUAUCUACCAUACCUUUGUGGCUCUCUGCUACCUGACACCCAUCCUGGGAGCCAUUGUGGCUGAUUCAUGGCUCGGCAAGUUCAAGACUAUUGUUUACUUGUCCAUCAUUUAUGCGCUGGGACAGGUUGUCAUGGCAAUAGGUGCUAUCCAUGACAUCACAGAUGCAAACAAGGACGGCGUGCCUGACAACAUGACCUUACACGUGGCUCUGUCCAUGUUGGGUUUGAUCCUUAUUGCCCUGGGAACAGGAGGCAUCAAACCCUGCGUGGCUGCCUUUGGUGGAGACCAGUUUCAAGACGAUCAGGAGAAGCAGAGAAGCACCUUCUUCUCCAUCUUCUACCUGUCCAUCAAUGCCGGCAGUCUGUUGUCCACUGUCAUCACCCCCAUCCUCAGAGCUCAAGAGUGUGGUAUUCACAGCCAGCAGAAAUGCUACCCACUGGCCUUUGGUGUUCCUGCUGCUCUCAUGGUGGUUGCUCUGAUUGUGUUCAUUGUUGGAAAUGGUAUGUACAAUAAGACUGCCCCUCAAGGCAACAUCAUGGUGAAAGUCUGCAAAUGCAUCGGGUUUGCUAUCAAGAACCGCUUUAGGCAUCGUGCUUCUAACGAACCUAAGAGACACCACUGGAUGGACUGGGCUGAGGAGAAAUACGAUAAACUCCUGAUUGCCCAGGUGAAGAUGGUGCUGAAGGUGCUGUUCCUCUACAUCCCUCUGCCCAUGUUCUGGGCUCUCUUUGACCAGCAGGGCUCAAGAUGGACCCUCCAGGCGACCACCAUGAACGGCGACUUUGGAUUUCUCAUAAUCCAGCCCGAUCAGAUGCAGACUGUCAACCCUAUCUUGAUCCUGAUUUUGGUACCAGUCAUGGACAGUGUAUUCUACCCGCUGAUUUCCAAGUGCAAAUUAAACUUCACUCCGUUAAGGAGGAUGACUGUGGGGAUGUUCCUUGCUGCUCUCGCGUUCGUUGCUGCUGGUCUGGUCCAGAUACAGAUUGAUCAAACCAUGCCUAAGUUCCCAUCAAGCACUGUAGGCCAAGUGAAGUUUAUCAACAUGAUUGACAGACCGCUGCCCAUCAAAGCUGGAACCAACAUCUUUACCUUGAACGCUUUCACGGCCAAUGAGGAUUAUCUGAACUUUGAUGAACAAUUUGAACUGAAACUGGGGUCUAAUGUCACCAACGUCAUCAAUGUAGUGAAUGGCACUCGGAGUACUGUGGUCAUCAUUCAGGAUGGGCCCCUACCCAAGUCUAUAAAGUUCCCAGAUAUCAACUCAAAGCCGGAACAGGGCGCCAAUGCUAUCAGAUUCUUUAAUGGCUUUGGCUCAGUUUUUAAUGUAACAGUGGGCAACCAGGACUUUGGGGACAUCGUUACCAACAGCAUGUCAGCAUAUGUUGCGGUACCACAGGGAGAUGCAGAGUUCCGGAUCAAGAAGGAUGGACAAGAGUGUGUCUACAGUCAAACACUGGGCUUCGGCAGCUCUUACACCUUGAUCAUCCCGCCAACUUUCACAUUUGGACAAAAUUGCAAAGACAGCAUCCGACCAGUGAUGGACAUCAGCCCUAACACCAUCCACAUGGCCUGGCAGAUUCCUCAGUAUUUUCUCAUCACUGCAGGAGAGGUGGUCUUCUCUGUCACCGGCCUGGAGUUCUCCUACUCACAGGCACCCAGCAACAUGAAGUCUGUGCUGCAGGCUGGUUGGCUGUUAACUGUUGCUGUAGGUAACAUCAUUGUGCUUAUUGUCGCCGAAGCUGCAACGCUCUCAGAUCAGUGGGCCGAGUACAUCCUCUUUGCCUCUCUGCUGAUGUUAGUCUGCAUCAUCUUUGCCUUCAUGGCCUAUUUCUACACCUACACGGACCCGACCAAGAUAGAAGCCCAGUUUGCCCAGAAGGAGCCUGAAGACAAGAAGAGGAAAAGUUUGGAGAUGGCCAGGAAGGACUCGGUUGAGCACUGCAGCGAGAAGAGGAGGAGUUCUGACUCCAGCUCUGACUCCAGCUCUGACUCCAGCUCUGACUCCAGCUCUGACGCGAAGGGACCCCACCAGUCCAAGUUCUAAAGUGACCCUUCUCUACGGCUUUUCCCUCUUUCGUAUGUAAAUGCUGCUUGGUUCUGUGCCAAGUGUUUUGGACAUUUUGUCAAUGCACUGCUGGACAUGGAGUGGUUAGAAUGAAUGCAUGGACCUGAGUGAAAUGGAGCUUAGAUUGUUAAGCUCUUGGUGGACAGUGUUAGUGAAGGAGCUUUUCAGGGAUAAUUCAAAUACAAUUAUCACCAUUUCGGCUCAAAAUUUUGAGAGAAUAUUCCUUUUUUAGAGGUUACUCAUAUCAUUAAAAUCCCUGGAUCUUUACUGUUAAUUUGUGCGUUUGCUGUUGUAAAUUGUUUUUUACAAUGAUUUAUUUUGUACUGUGUAGCAACAGCUUUAUGUAAUUUUUGUAAUGUACUGGAGUACACGUACAAAGAAACCAUUCCAACAAUUGUAUUUAUUUCCAAGCACAGUGUUGUAUGUAUUGUAAUAUAUUGUCACUGUAUUAUAUAUCUAUAUAUCUAUAUCUCUCUCUAUAUAUAUCUAUAUAUCUAUCUAUAUCUAUCUAUAUAUCUAUAUAUAUAGAUAGAUAUAUCUAUCUAUCUAUCUAUAUAGAUAUAUCUAUCUAUAUAGAUAUAUCUAUCUAUAUAGAUAUAGAUAUAUCUAUCUAUAUAUAUCUAUAUAUAGAUAUAUAGAUAUAUAUAGAUAGAUAGAUAUAUCUAUAUAGAUAUCUAUAGAUAGAUAUAUAUAGAUAUAUCUAUAUAGAUAUAUAAAAUGUUCUCAUCUCCUCCAGGGUAAAAUCUAACACCAAAGACUGCUUAUUUAGUCUCAAAAUGUUAAAUCAUAUUUCAUAUUCAAACUCAACUUUCGUUCUGGCCUGGGAGAAUACUGCCCUGUGAUAAUGGCUGCUCACCAAGGUUUUCAAUAAAGAUGCUAGCAAAGG